AUGGCGAAACCCAAGAAAUCAUCGGCGAAUGAUGCUGGAGCGACGACGGCUAAAAGCGGUGGCGAAGUCCAAGUGUCGAAAUCUCCAGCCGAGUUUUUCGCGGAGAAUCAAGCCAUUGCAGGCUUUGAUAACAUGGGAAGGUCCCUGUACACGUCUAUUCGAGAGUUGGUAGAGAACGCAUUGGAUGCCUGCGAAAGCAUCAAUGAGUUGCCCGAUAUCCGAGUGUCUGUGGAAGAGUUCACACAAGCCGAGUUCAACGAGAUUCGGGGAUUGCACAAGCAUGGCAAAGGAAAACGCGAGGAACGAAUGGACGCAGAGCUGUUUCAAAAAAAGUCGUCCAAAGGCAAGGGUGAUACCGAAGAUGCAGAUGGAAAAAAGUUGGAAGGCUACUUUCGCAUCAAAGUCCGUGAUAAUGGCUGUGGAAUGAGACAUGACGAUAUACCCAAUCUGCUCGGAAGAGUCCUGAGUGGAUCCAAGUAUGGAGUCCGGCAAACCAGAGGAAAGUUUGGGUUGGGUGCCAAAAUGGCGCUGAUUUGGAGCAAAAAAUCCACUGGCGUGCCAAUUCGAAUCACCACAGCCCACAGACCCAACGGAGGAUCCACAGUCCCUUCCAAAGUCAGUACGUGUGUCUUGGAUAUUGAUAUCUACAAAAAUCGUCCAAGAAUCAUUGAACACACACUAAAAUCCAACAAAGAAUGGAAGGGCACUGAAAUGGAGAUUAUGAUUGGAGGCAAUUGGUCCUCCUACAAGAAUUACGUUGUCAAGUACUUGCAACAAUUAGCCAUCAUUACACCGUACGCCAGAUUGGAAAUGACUUACACCAAAGCAGCCGAAACUUCCAGAGCAAAAGACAUGACUAUUGCGUACGAGCGCAGAUCCGAUCAAAUGCCACCACCGGCACGAGAAGUCAAACAUCAUCCCUCCAGUGUCAAUAAUCUACUCAUUGCACAACUCCUGGAACGGACCCAAACCAAAACCAUGGUCUCAUUCUUGUCGAAAGAAUUGGCGGCCGUGCCCCAGCCGUUGGCCAAACGAUUGCUGGCUGAACUGGGAGAUGACUUUUCGGAAUCCAUGUCCCCGUCCAGCCUGGACGACAAACAAGUUACCCGUCUGGUCCAGCUCUUGCGAUCGGUUCAACAAUUCAAAGCUCCAGACGGUAGUUGUUUGUCGCCCUUGGGAGAGUACAAUUUGAACUUGGGAAUCCAAAAGGUCUUGGAACCGACCAUGGUUGCCACGGCGCGCGACAAGGCCGAGGCCUACGAAGGCCAUCCCUUUAUCGUGGAAGCCGCCGUGUCAUUGGGCGGGAAGAGUGACAUUGCGAAGGAAGGAAUCACGGUUGUACGUUUUGCCAACCGCAUUCCCUUGCUAUUUGAAGGCGGUGCCGAUGUGUCGUCCAGAGUUGCACACAAGAAGAUUUCCUGGGGAAGCUACAAGAUCGAUUAUAAACGCGACAAAAUUGGAGUGUUUGUAUCGAUUGUUUCCACCAAAAUUCCCUACAAGGGCACUGGGAAGGAGUAUAUUGGGGACGACAUUACGGAAAUCCAAAAGUCGGUGAGACGAGCGAUACAGAACUGCUGUUUGCAACUCAAGAAAAGUUUGACCAAACGGAAUGCUAUUCGGGACAACAAAGAGAAAAGAUCCAGACUCAUCAAGUAUAUUCCUGAUGUAAGUCGGGCCCUCUUUGGGCUUUUGGACGGUAUGCGCCAGCGAAAGCGGGGGCGACGUGGUAAUGAUUCGGAUGACGACGAGGAGGACGUGACUGCCCGGGAAUCUCCUCUCAAAAAGAAGCUUCGUCUCGACUCCUCAGCCGCAAACGUCAUGAUACGAAAGCUUGAACGUAAGGAGGUCACUGCGGAUACCAUCAAAGCCGACUUGGUAGCUGCAGUUGAAAAACAGAUGGACGAGACACUGGAAGAUGGUGAUCAAGGUACCACUACAGGUGCAAAGAAGGGAGGUAGCAAGAAUGCCAACGCAAUCUCUCAGAAUCUUGUCCCCAUAUUCUUGCUGCCACUAAACCUGGAAGAUCAAGAUCCCUCACACGACAUUCGACACCCUCUGUUCACGUUUCGUCCCUUCAAACCAAUGAAACACCAGUUGCUCGAAAACAAGAAAGAGGACAAGAACGGCGACCACAGUGACAGCGUUCAGAGUGUCGUGUCAUUAAGUGACUAG